UGCAUGAUUUUAACAAGCAUCGCAAUCUAAACCGAGAGAUAUCAUCUCCUUGAUCUCCUGGUAAUAUUAUAUUGUUUUGUGUGUGAGAGAGAGUGUGUGUGGGUGAGAGAGAGAGAGAGAGAGAAUGAGUGGUGGCAGUGAAGAAGAAGAAACGACGUUAGAGUUCACACCCACAUGGGUGGUAGCCCUCGUGUGCACUGUGAUUGUGGCCAUCUCUCUAGCGGUGGAGCGGAUCCUUCACUACGCUGGCAAAUACCUCAAGAAUAAGAACCAGAAGCCCCUCUAUGAAGCCCUUCAAAAAGUUAAAGAAGAGUUGAUGCUGUUGGGUUUUAUAUCAUUGCUGCUGACGGUAUUUCAGAGUGCUAUAUCCAAAUUCUGUAUCCCAAGGGAUAUUGUCAGGCACAUGCUUCCCUGCAAACUCCCCAACUCAGAAGCAGAAGGAGAAGCAUCCAGUCCACAUGCUAAUACAACCUCACAUUUCCAGAGCUUCUUUUCCACUGCCAUUCCUGGGGUGGCCAGGCGCCUCUUAUCUGAAGAAGCCUCAGCAUCACAGCUGGGUUACUGUGCACGGAAGGGUAAGGUUCCCUUGCUAUCAGUUGAAGGGUUACAUCAUCUUCAUAUUUUUAUCUUUGUCCUAGCCAUUGUCCAUGUGACUUUCUGUGUUCUCACUGUUUGUUUUGGAGGAGCGAAGAUACGACAAUGGAAGCACUGGGAGGAUUCCAUUGCAAAAGAAGAUUAUAAUUCAGAGCAUGUUUUAAAGAAGAAGGUUACCCAUGUCCAACAACAUGCAUUUAUAAGAGAUCAUUUUCUAGGUGUUGGUAAAACUAAAGCUCUGCUAGGUUGGGUGUUAUUUGUUCUUCAGCAUGCCCUUUUCAAGCAAUUCUAUGCAUCUGUGACCAAAUCAGAUUACAUCACUUUGAGACUUGGUUUCAUAAUGACUCAUUGCAGAGGAAAUCUGAAGUUUAAUUUUCACAAAUAUAUGAUGCGCGCCCUUGAAGAUGAUUUUAGGAUUGUUGUUGGUAUAAGUUGGUAUCUCUGGAUAUUUGUUGUAAUAUUUUUGUUGCUGAAUGUUAAUGGUUGGCAUACAUAUUUCUGGAUAGCAUUCAUCCCCGUUGUUCUCCUCCUUGCGGUGGGAACUAAGCUGGAGCAUGUAAUCACACAGCUGGCUCACGAGGUUGCUGAGAAACACAUAGCCAUAGAAGGGGAAUUAGUAGUGAAACCGUCAGAUGAUCACUUUUGGUUCAAGGAGCCCCGGAUUGUCCUCUUCUUGAUCCAUUUCAUUCUCUUCCAAAAUGCUUUUGAGAUAGCAUUUUUCUUCUGGAUAUGGGUUCAAUAUGGUUUUGACUCCUGCAUAAUGGGACAAGUAGGUUAUAUAGUCCCAAGGCUUCUUAUAGGGGUAUUCAUCCAAGUACUAUGUAGUUACAGUACCCUGCCACUUUAUGCAAUUGUGACACAGAUGGGGAGUUAUUAUAAGAAGUCAAUAUUUGACGAACACGUGCAAGUAGGCCUCGUCGGCUGGGCUCAGAAGGCGAAGAGAAAUCAAGCCUUAAAGAUGGCCAACGAAGGCUCUACCCAGACAACUACCACCGACAGCUCCUCUGCUGGAAUUCAAAUGGAGCGAGUAGCACGCAGUGCUGCUACUCCCGGGGAGGUUCAUCUCUCCAUUCGAUCAGAUGAGACCAAAUAAGAAAGGGUCGGAGUUCUUCAUGAUUUUGCGGAGCAUACUUGUUUGAACCCAUACUGCAUACAGUUUACGCAGAUCUCCUGGGUUAUAAAACUGUUGUAUCAGAAUGACAAUGCUAGCACUUGAUUCAUAGAUAGUACAUAAGGCUUUCAUGUGUAGUUGAAAACUAUGACUAGCAGUUAAUAUGUUCCUUUCCCCUUCUCAUAUGGCUUAUGGAUGUUAAUGUAUGUUCUACAUUUAACAGUAAGAACACUUGUAUAAUUUUUGCUGUAUCAGAGUUGCACUUGCAGUAUCUUUUGUG